AUGCGCUGGGACAGCCUUGCUUCGGCCGCACAUCUUGCUCUGCUUGCCAUUGGCCCCAUCAGCGCCUUUCCAAACGGGAAAAGAGAUGUCGUCGGCAGAGCUCCCAAGCAGCCCGCCAAAGAAGUCUUUCGCGGCGACUUCAGAAGCCCGCGCGAUGUAGCCAAGGAUGGCGGAUUCCGCCCCCAGGGCAACUAUGCAAACAAUAACCAGGCAUUCUCUAUAUACCGCCACAUGGUUGGCGAGCAUGGGAGAGAAGACGACUCGGACCUGUCGGAUGAGGAUUCCGACGAGGAGUGGACGUCUGCCUUUGUCUCGGUAACAACCUCGGUCGACACAGCGGCAUCCUACGGCCGCUGGGUGUACAGGAUUCACGCCACUCCAAACAUGAUUGACCCCACGGAAGGGGAGGAAAACCAGCCUGAAAUCUUCGCACUGGGAGGUGUCCCAUGGUCCCAAGUCAUGGGGUGGUAUGAGCUGAGAUUCGAGAACAACGAGUCUGUGAAUGCCGAGGGAAUCACAGCAAACGACUUUACCCCCAACCCAGCCUACCAGCCGAGAUACGACGGAUACACCCUGACGACCGUCGAGCCAAGAGGCCCAUGGCGUAGCCACGACAGAAACUACUGGACGCAAUUCAUGAACGGCCCGAAUGUUGCGCCCGCCGUAGCUUUCACCGGGCAGUUCCCGCUCAACUUCGGGACCUAUUCCCUCGACGGACUCCCCGGACCUUCACAAGAAACCCAGAUAGAGCGGCCGCCCCCGACGCAGCCCGAGGCCGCGGCGCUCAGCGCGGAAGACAUUGUCAUGGCAGCCGAGUUCCUGCACGAGCACAACGCGCCGUGCGACGUCUCCGGCGUCGACCCCCAGACGCAAUACCUCAUUCUCGAGGCAGACGCGGGCUUUGCGCGGUCCCUGGCCCGGCUGCACCGCGAGCGUCCCAACGACACGCUCCCCACGCCCUUUGACGAGGCGGACCAGCAGAUCCAGGCCAUUAUCGAAAGGCUCCGACGGGGCCAGGAGCCAAACACGUGCCAGCUCGUCGGCGCGUGUAGCGGAUUGAAGCUCUCCCAGAAGAAGAGGGCCACGAGUAAGCGCCGAAAAGGGCCACUUGCACGGGCUACAAUCAAUGCUAAUAGACGUUUCCCAGCACCAGGGGCGGUAUCAAAGCUGUGCAAAAAGAUACAAAAGCCGAAAAGGGGCAAGAACCGCCUGAGCCCGGCGACGCAGAAUUCCGAAAAGUGCGUGCUCCGCUCUCCGCUCAAGAUUAGAGUACAGCUGUCCGACGACACGUCGGCCGGAAGCUGGGACCGGCUGUUUCUGGAGAUGGGCAAGAAUGCGCGGUACGAGCGCGGCCAGCCGGCCUACCUGCUCAAGGAGUCGCCCAGCGCAGGCGACGUCAUGUAUCUGGACGUUGAUCUCGCCGACGCGUAUCCCGACAAGGCCGUCACCGUGGAGGACAUUAAGAAGGUUCGCCUGGUGAGCUACCUGGACAAUGGAAAGGAGGGUUCAAACGAGCUCGAGCUGCAAGACAUUACCCUCACGGGCAAAUGUGCGGCGUCGCCCAGGGCCGCCGAGGCUCGCAUCAAGGCCAGGCAGUGGUUCACCAGUUGGAGCAGCGCCUUGAAGCUCAAGGACUGGGUGUGGAAGAGGGACUGCGAAAAGUUCACCAGCCUCAAGUUCGAAUGGAGCCUGGGCAACAAGGUGCGCGCCGGGACGUGGGAUGACCUCAAGCUCGGCUCGCACCGCGAUCGCAGGGUGCGAGCGCACGAUGUGCAGUUUGCUACGAACCCGUCGGCGGGCGACUCGGGCGGCGAGGAAAUCAAGCUCAAGGACAUGUAUGGCUCGGCGAGGAUCAAAUUCAGAGCGCAGUGCGAGGGCUUCGACAAGGCCGUCGUGUUGGACAAGUUUGGCAGCGAUUACAACUGGCACUCGCGUUCUAAUGGCAUUGACUUGCCCAUUGCGGCGGGCGACUGGCGGUGGGAGGAUGAGAACUUUCAAAAGCAGCAUCCUUUCCCUAGGGAGAAGGAUGAACUGUGA